CCAAUAAAUUCUGUUAAGAGAUCUGUGUCAUCACCUGUAUCGGGGAAUCAUAGCAAGAAGACAGGACCUAGCUCUUCUUCGUCGAGUACCUACUUUCACAAAAGAUAUCGAGAUCGACCAACUUCGGCUAGGGCUUCGGCCUACAAAACUGGUAGCUCAGGAGCAAAGUACAUGGUAAG